GAUUAUGGAAGAGAAGUUUUAAAUGUCCGACCUCAAGGAGUCAGCAUUGUGUUGGAUAACUUGGCAGGGGCCGAGUUUACCACAAGUCAGAACCUUCUGGAGCCUCUGGGCAAGGUGGUGCUAAUAGGGGCCAAAGGAAUGAUUAAGGGGGAGCAUCGCAGUUUGUGGCAUGUUCUGAAAACCUGGUGGAACACAAAAAAUGUCUCUCCUCAGUCUCUCAUCAUGAAGAACCAUGCUGUAGCAGGUUUCCACUUAAGUGAACUCAGAAAAAAAGACCCCAAAGCUUUUCGAAAAGGAUGGAUAGAGGUCAGAGACAUGAUAGCCAAUGGGGUGUUACGUCCUAGAAUCGACUCGGUGUGGAAAUUUGAAGAAAUAGUAGAGGCGUCAAAACAAAUCUCUGAGAGGAAGAACAUUGGCAAAGUUAUUAUUAAGCCUUAAAUUAUUAUUCUUUUCAUUUAAUCAAAGUAUUUUUAAUGAACUUUGUGUUUGUAUUUUGUU